CCCUCCGCCACGUCACAACAACGCCCCACCCGUACGACCAUGUCCUCCGCCAGCGUCGCUCAGCACGGAACCAUCGUGCUUCCACGUAUUGAGAAUGAACCAAACCGCAACUACGCGUCUGGCUCCAAGGAGCGCGCAGACCUUCAGCAUGCCGUCGAUGAGAUGAUGAAAUCGGCGCCCUUCGAGGUGCCCUGCAUCGUCAACGGUAAGCAUAUCAAGACCGGCGAUGUGGCCAAGCAGGUCAACCCCAGCAACCACGCCCAGAUUCUCUGCAACUAUCACCAAGCCGAUGAGAAGCUCGUCCAAGAGGCCAUCGAGGGCGCUCUCAAGGCCAAGCAGACCUGGGAGGAGAUGCCUUGGGCUGACCGUGCCGCCGUCUUUCUCCGUGCUGCGGAUCUUAUUGCACACAAGUAUCGCUACAAGCUGAUGGCAGCCACGAUGCUGGGUCAGGGCAAGAACGUCUGGCAAGCCGAGAUCGACGCCGCCGCCGAGAUUUGCGACUUCUUCCGCUUUGGUGUCGCCCAAGUGUCCGAACUCUACGCCCAACAGCCUGCUCGUCACGCUCCUGGAAGCUGGAACCGCAUGGAAUUUCGCCCUCUUGAGGGGUUCGUCCUUGCCGUCAGUCCUUUCAACUUCACUGCCAUUGGUGGUAACUUGCCUGGUGCCCCAGCUCUGGUAGGCAAUGUCGUAGUUUGGAAGCCAUCUCCCAUGGCUACCUACUCCAACUACCUGGUGCAUCAGAUCUUGACUGAGGCCGGGUUGCCCGCAGGCGUCAUCCAGUUUACUCCUGGUCCUCCUGCAGAGAUUGUCAAGGCAUGCAUCGACCACAAGAUGUUUGCUGCUUUGCACUUCACCGGCAGCACGACUGUGUACAAGCAGCUGUGCAAGGAUAUCGCCGCCAACUACGACCACUAUCGCAACUACCCUCGAAUGGUCGGAGAGACGGGCGGCAAGAACUUCGCUUUGGUGCAUCCGACGGCCGACGUCGACAUCGUCGUCAACGAAUGCAUCAGGGGAGCCUUCGAGUACCAAGGCUCCAAAUGCUCAGCCCUCUCUCGCUUGUACGUACCCGCUUCCCUUUGGAACAACGGCGGCUUGAAGGAGAAGCUCGUCUCUCAGGUUGGCACCAUCUCGGUCGGACCAGUCAACGAGUUCCAGCAUUUCAUGGGGCCGGUCAUCGCACAGACGGCGUUCCAGAGAAUCAUGGGCUUCAUCGAGUCUGCGAAGAAGGCAGGAGGACAGGUCCUGGCCGGUGGUACGGGAGACAACUCGGUAGGCUUCUACAUCCAGCCCACCAUCAUCGAGACAAAGGACCCUCGUUCGACGACGAUGGUCAAUGAGAUCUUCGGACCGGUUCUGACCGUAUUCGUCUACGACGACUCCAAGGCCGACUACUGGCAGGCUAUCUCGCAAGAGAUCGACGCUGCCACCGACUACGCCUUGACGGGCUCCAUCUUCUCACGCGACCGCAAGGCGAUCACCGAGGCAAGCGCCAUGCUACGAUACGCAUCUGGCAUGCUCUACAUUGGACAAAAACCAACAGGUGCGCAAGUGGGUGCUCAGCCCUUCGCAGGGGCUAGAGCAAGUGGAAACAACUACAAGGCAGGUAGUACAGGCUUCUUCUAUCAGUUCGUCUCUGCGAGGACGGUCAAAGAGUCUUUCGUCGAUUCCGAGGGCUUCAUGUACCCAUCGAACGCGUGAAUGGGGUGCAAGCGCCUUCAAUGCUGUUCGUGACCAUUGCAUGCUGUUGUUCGAG